AGAGAGAGAGAGAGAGAGAGAGAAGGAUGACGAUAAUGGGGUGUUUAUCCACAGGAUCAGCUUUCAGGGCUUGCUUUGCUCCUGCAACUCAGAGACCCUUAUGGGUUCCUCAAGCCCUUCUCUCAACAGCCAUGGCCGAAGCUCCUCAGAAGAAGACUUGCAAACGGAACGAGAGACUAGUAGUGUGUGUGAGCAAGAGAGAGCUUGGACUCUUCAUUCUUCUGGGUUGCCCAAUUGCCAGUGUUUCAGUGCUGUUAGAUGUAGCAAUGGCAGAAGAUCAACAGUUGGAAACGUAUACGGAUUCCAUGGAGGGUUUCACUCUCCUCAUACCUUCUUCAUGGGUUAAGGUUGAUAAGGCAGGGGCGACGGUUCUGUUCGAAGAGAUAAACAGGGGAAGUAACAAUGUUGGGGUUGUGGUUAGCCCUGUUCGUCUAACUACCCUUGGAGAAUUUGGGCCCCCCCAGUUUGUAGCUGAAAAGCUCAUCCAAGCUGAAAAACGCAAGGAAAGUACGAAGGAUGCUGAAGUGAUUGGAGUUUCUGAGAGAACAGGUCAUGGAGGUCUGCAAGUGUACGAGUUUGAGUACAAAGUAGACAGCACCAGGGGAGGGAUGAAAAGGAUCUUUUCUGCUGCAUUUGUAGCUUCUAAGAAGCUCUAUCUUCUCAAUAUUUCUUACUCUGACCAGCCAGAGAAUCCGCUUGAUACCCCAACUAGAAUGAUGUUGGAACAAGUUCUUCAUUCCUUUGAUACAGCAUCUUUGGCUUAACCAAUAAUAUUACUCAUUCUUUAAUAGCCAAUUUUCUUAUACUUGCUAGCAUGCUCAAGUAUCUAUAGCCAGUGAUUGUUCUGCAUGACUUUCAUCUACGUUCAACUAUUCUUAGCUUCUAGGUCAUUGUUUUAAGUUGUGUUCCAGCAGUUUUAAUCUUUCAAUUCAAAUUUUUGCACU